UUGUUUUGAUUUUGAGUAGGUGAUUCAUAUCUCGUUGCUGGUACUGAUGGUGUGGGGACGAAGUUGAUGCUUGCUUUUGAAACCGGCAUUCAUGACACUAUUGGGAUUGAUCUGGUUGCAAUGAGCGUCAAGGACAUUGUUACUUCAGGGGCAAAGCCUUUGUUUUUCCUUGAUUACUUUGCUACCGGCCACCUUGAUGUAGAUGUUGCUGAGCAGGUUAUAAAAGGAAUUGUCAAUGGUUGUAAGCAAUCUGAUUGUGCUCUUCUAGGUGGAGAGGUAUUGAAGUAUUUGUGUUUUUUUAUUAUCAGUAUAUAAUCAGAUGUCAUGUAGUGUAGUUUUGCCAAUCCAUAGUCUCUAACCAUUCCAGGUUCUUUUUUUUGUAAGCAAACUAGUUAGGUGCUUCUUGUUUAAUUGUACAUUACUUAUAAGACCUGUUCAAUUGCUUCUUGUUGUUGUUUUAUUUGCUGCUUCUGGAAUCUAGAUUUAUUCUACUUGACAUUUUAUUCAAUCCACUUUAGAUUAUUGCAAUUUUACAUUGUCAUAAAUUAUAUAAGCUCACAAACAUAUUAGAUACACAAUCUCUUAUCUCACAUCCUCAGCUGCGUGUCAGUAUUAAUACGGAUGAAUAUAGAAUGUG